CCGCAAUUUACAGGUAUAACACAGUGAUGUACUACAGUCCAACAAUCGUCCAAAUGGCUGGAUUUCACUCUAAUGAGUUGGCUCUUCAACUCUCUCUCAUAGUUGCCGGAUUGAAUGCUGCCGGAACAGUUCUGGGCAUUUACCUUAUUGACCAUGCAGGGCGAAAAACAUUGGCCCUAUAUAGUUUAGGAGGAGUAAUAGUUUCUCUGAUAAUCUUAUCCGUAUCAUUUUUUAACCAAUCAUCUGCCACUACUACAAAUCAAAAUGAUUUAUAUGGGUGGCUUGCGGUUGCUGGUUUGGCCCUAUAUAUUGCAUUUUUCUCGCCAGGGAUGGGACCUGUGCCGUGGACAGUAAACUCGGAAGUAUAUCCACAAGAAUACCGAGGAAUGUGUGGAGGCAUGUCAGCUACUGUGAAUUGGAUUUCAAAUUUGAUUGUUGCACAGUCCUUUCUUUCUAUUGCAGAAGCUGCAGGGACUGGUCCUACGUUCUUUCUUCUCGAUGUCAUAGCUGUUGUUGCAUUUUUGUUUGUGGUUUUCUUUGUUCCAGAAACCAAAGGAUUGACAUUUGAUGAAGUGGAACUGUUGUGGAGGGAGAGAGCUUGGGGUAAGAAUCCUCACACUAAAACCCUUCUUGAACGUGGAAAUCAAUCCUACUAAGAAUCCAUCCUUUUGUAGUCCUCCUAGGAACUGUAUCCAUUUUAUUUUAUACAUUGUGCUUAUUCUACGUAUGAAUUUUGAUUCAUGGGAGGUGGGUAAGAUCAGGUAAUAAAUGUGUCGUUGUUGCUAUGCUAUGUAAUUCUUCUUUCAAAAGUUAAAUAA